GUGGACAGGACAGAAGGCUUCUUCAACCGCGACAAAUGGCGUAUAACGGACUGGACGUAUAAUGGACUGGACGGGACGCUUCUUCAGGAACAACAACACGGCUACUCUUUCAACCACGUCGGUAGCUUGCUAGCCAACAUAAAACUGAAAGAUUGGCGCUUUAGACCAUGUUAAUGUACAUUAGCUAAUCUCAGUGUUGUUAACACAGUUCAGUUGACGUUAACUUUAACCUAAUUUGUUUGUUCAAUUUGCAAACUUGUUAAAGAUUGAUGCUGAGCCUAGUCGCUAAUGUUUAACUAACUAACUAACAUCCCUGACCAUGAGUUCACUAAACUACUCCUCCCCUGCUAAAGAAGAGGAUGUCUACUGGACGGAGAAAGAACCUCUGGGUCUGAACAUUGUCGUGAAAGAAGAAGAGGGUGUUGCAAUGAAAGGAGAGAGAGAAGCUUUCAUAAUUAAAAAGGAGGAAGAGGAGGCUGUUAUACUGAAAGAAGAGGAAGAACAUUUUGGAGUGGAAGAGGGGAUAGAGGCUGUCACAGUGGAAGAGGAGGAGGUAGAAGCCUUCAGAAUGAAAAAGGAGGAAGAGGCGGCUGUCACAUUGAAAGAAGAAGAGGAGGAGGAUGUUACAGUGAAAGAACCUGUAGUGAAAGAAGGAGAGGGGAUAGAGGCUGCCAGAGUGGAAGAGGAGGAUGGUUUUGGGGGAAAAGAGGAAGGACCUUUUAGAGAGGAAGAGGAUGCUAUCUCAGUAAAGGUGAAGAAGGAAGACGUUUUGGGAGUGAAAGAGGAAGAGACAGAAUAUCAGAUUAACGUCAAAGAGAGACAUGACUAUCGUGGAUCCUCUGGGGAGCCUCAACAACAUCCUGAUGCUGACGAGGCAGAGAAGAGUCUCUCCAGAUCAGAACACCAGAUGGACAACGCUAGCCCUUCCUCUCUCCUGGAGUCCCCGUGUCGUGCCUCUCCCGGUAGUACCUUACUGCUGGGUAUGAAGAGGUUGUCUGUGCUGCUGGUGGACUGCAGGAAAACAACGGGGCUGAGUGGAACUGUGAGAGGAGGAGAAGAGAAGAAAGGAUCAGAUUUGACACGUCAAAAAGAGAGACCCGACUCAGAGGAACCAGACACGUCUGAACCAGUGAGACGACACCACUGUUCACAGUGUGGAAAGAGUUAUACCCGUUUAUGGAGCCUGAAAAACCAUAAGAGAACACAUGCAGGGAAGAAGCCUUAUCACUGCUCCCAGUGUGGAAAGAGUUUUACACGGUUAGGGAGCCUUGAAAUACAUAAAAGAAUACACACAGGAGACAAGCCUUACCAAUGCUUCCAGUGCGGAAAGAGAUUUAUCCAGUCAACACAUCUGAACGAGCAUAAGAGAAUACACACAGGGGAAAAACCAUUCCAAUGCUCUCAGUGUGGAGGGACAUUUUCCCGAUCAGGGGACCUGAAAUCUCAUGAAAGAAUACACACAGGGGAAAAGCCUUAUCACUGUUCCCAUUGUAAAAGUAGUUUUAGCUGGUCAGGGCAACUGAACGAGCAUGAGAGAACACACACAGGAGUGAAGCCUUACCACUGCUGCCAGUGUGGAAAGAGUUUUACAAGGUUGGGGUCCCUUAAGUCACAUAAGAUAUAUACACACACACAGAAGACAAGCCCUAUCACUACUCCCAGUGUGAAAACAAGUAUUUAUCAUUAGGGGACAUGAAAAAGCAUGAGAGAAAACACUCUUUAGAGAGGCCUUUCCAAUGCUCUCUGUGUGGAAUGGGAUUUAUCCAGUCAUGGCAUCUGAAAGCGCAUAAGAGAAUACACACGAGAGAAGCCAUUCCAAUGCUAGCAGUGUGGAAAGAGUUAUACCCGGUAAGGGAAUUUAGAAACGCAUGAGAUGACAUACACGAAAUAACGAGAGAAAAUGGCGAAAUGUAGAUUUCCGGCUAAAUAGACAUACAAAAGUAACUGCUAUUCAUGUGGAAUUACAUGAUUCUGACAUGCAAAAACUUUGUAUAUUUGGAAAGAAGACAUCUGAGAGAUUAUGCGGAAAUGAUCAGAAGAUAGAUAGGAGUUACAUAGUUCAGAAUACACAAGAUCAAGCACACACAAAAUACACUUAUUGUUUUAUUUAUUUUGGCCCCUGCGCAAGAGAUCCAUGGAGGGCAUUACUUCACCAGUUCUCCUACCAUGUAUUACUAUUAUGUGAUUAGCCUAGUUGGUGUUAUAAUGUUAACUCCCAUGAGAGGAAUUAUGGUGUUAUUUUUCUAUCAUUGUAAAUUGUGUAUAGAGAUUGAGCUGACAUGUAUUAUUUAAUGUAUAUUGGAUUUACAUUGCAAUAAUGCUCUCUUUCAUCCUGUUUCCCUCUGUACACAGACCACUUGUAUACUCUGGUUCAUCAUUAAAACUCCUACUGUAGACUGAG